AUGCGUGCGUUCCAGGUGGCGCAGUUCCAGAAGCUGGCGACAGCGCUGUUCUCGGGGCCGCCGAGUGAAACGAGCAGCGAAUGCGCGCUGAGUCCGAGCCGCGUGCGCACGCUGGCGCGGAGACGUGCGCGCCUGCCGCCGCACACCGACCUCGCGCACGCGCUCGCUGCGGUGCUGGGCGCAGACGACACGGCAUUAGAACCGACGCAGCCGUUCGAGGAGGCGGUGGAGCCCAUACCGGAGACGUGGGACGUGGGCGAGGAGGGCGACGAGUGCGUGUGGGGCGCGGGGUGUGCGGGAGGCGCGGGCGGGUGGGACGCGCGCGCGGGCCGCGUGCGGCUGUACGAGAGGCUGUGCGCGUACUUCCGACCCAGCCGUGUGCCGCCGCGCGCGCACGUCACCGACCUCGUCGUGCUCUAA